AUGGAAAAGAUGCUGUCCUGGGCACUGUUCCUUUUACUUGGUAAUUUCUGUCUAGCAGAUAUGCCACAGAAGCCAGAAAAUAUUUCCUGCAUUUUCUAUCAUAAGAUGAAUUUCACUUGUACUUGGAGCCCAGAAAAGGAAGUCUAUCCUACAGUUUAUAUUGUCAAUAGAACUUUUGUCACUGGAACAAAAAGAGACUCUUGCAUAAGUGAGAAUCGUACAUCAUGUUCUUUCUUGUACCCGUAUGUGCCCUAUCCUAAUAAUUACUCUAUUGAAGUGGAAGCUAAAAAUGUUUUUGGUGCACAAAAGUCUGACGUAACAUAUUGGGACUUGGAAAAAAUAGUGAAAAUAGAGCCAUCUACAAUUCUAACUGUGGAACCAAUUCCAGGUGUUAAACAUAUGCUUCAAGUAGAAUGGAGUAAACCUGGGGGUCUACCUUAUACAGGUUCAUAUAUAUGCCACCUGAGAUAUAGGAGAGUAAAUAGUACUAAUUGGAAGCCAGUCAGCCAAGAAUUACAAAAUGAAAGGCCAUACAAUCUCACUGGACUGCUGCCUCUGCAGCAAUAUGCUGUCUCCAUGCGAUGCCGUGUGGCCACCUCAGAGAUCUGGAGCGGCUGGAGUGAAGAGAGAACAGGCACUACAGAGGGACUAGCUCCAAAUUCCAGCUUGGACCUGUGGAGAGUCCUUGGGCCAGCCCAGCCAGAUGGAGGGAGAACAGUGCAGCUAUUAUGGAAGGAGGCAAGAGUGGAACCAAGUGUAAGGAAACCACUUGGCUACAACAUCUGGUACUUUCCAGAAAAUGAGACCACUGUUAAAGAAACAAAGACCACAGCCUAUCAACAGUUUAAAAUCCACCUAGGAAGUGGUGCCUACCUGGUGUCUGUGGUGUACUAUACGUCUGAUGGCGUGUCUCCAGAAGCGACACUAAGAAUACCAGCUGUUCACGAAAAAGCUCUCCAGUGCAUUGAGGCUAUGCAGGUACACCAAUCCCAGGACCACCUGGUGAUAGAGUGGCAGACCUCAGCUGAAGAAGUUGACAGAUGGGUAAUUGAGUGGUAUCCAGAUUUGGAGAUGGAGAAUUUGGAGAGAUCCUGGGAAUUUGUCUCAAAGACCAGGAACUGGACAGGAAGGGCAGACAGUUUUGUGCCAUUUCAGUGUUAUAACAUCUCGGUGUAUCCAGUGGUGGGAGUUGUGGGAGUUGAAGUCGGUGUUCCACAAUCCAUCCAGGCUUAUUUCAAAGAAGGGAUCCCAUUAGAAGGUCCACUGGCUAAGGCUCAAAAUAUCAGUGCUCGGACAGCUACAAUACAAUGGGAAGAGAUACCCAAGACCCAGAGAAGAGGCUUCAUCAAUAACUACACAGUGUUUUAUAAAUCUGAGCAUGGAAGAGAAUUUGCUAGGACACUCAAUUCUAGUACUCUGCAAUGUGAACUGGAGUCCCUGGAGAGAAACACUCAGUACACCGUCCAGGUCAUGGCAAACACCUUGGUUGGGAGCAAGAAUGGAACAAGUUUCAAUUUCAGGACAUUAUCAAUUACUACAAUCGAGAUUGUGUAUUUAGCCUCUAUUACUGGAGGUGGUCUUUUUCUCCUUGGUAUCCUGGUGAUGGUAUGUGGUCUCACCAAACCCAAAUUGAAACGACUAGUUUGUCCAGAAAUCCCUAAUCCUGCACAGAGCAAUGUAGUCCUGUGGCAUGGUGACAAUUUCAAAUCCAAGCUGCAUCUCGGAGAGGUCCAAUUCCAUGGCAAGAUGAAGGCAAUUGACGAGAGGAUUCCCAAACCGUACUUCUCUUCCUCUGGUGACUUGAUUGACAAGCUAGUGGUAGAUUUUGAGAACUUCCUGGACAAAACUGAGGUUCACAGAGUAGAACUGCUGAAGAUGAAGGAAAACAUUUUGGGUGGGGAAGAGAAGUAUGUGAAUUCUCCACGUAAUUUUUAUAGUCCCUCAGGAAAGGUUUUCCAAGGACUUCCAUCUUCAGCCUUGAUUUCACUGCAAGGAACACAAGAGCAAUCUUCAGAAAGGCCAGAUAAGGAAGCCAAGGGUAGACCCUUCCAGAGGCCAAGUGCUGGUGGAAUUCUGGAGCCAGAGCAGCAGCCCUGGGAAGAAGCUGGAUUGAAUCCAUAUUUAAAAAAUUCAGUGACGACAAGGGAAUUCCUCACUUCUGAGAAGUUUUCUGAUCCAAUCAAGAAGACUGAAAUGCAACCAUAGCCUGGUUUGGUAGGAGGCUCAGGACUCCAUCCUGACAUUUGCCCUGGAUCGGGGUCCAAGACAGCAUCCUAUAGGAAAAGACCUUGUGUUUCUAAGUUUUGGAAUUCCCUGGGCUAGUGAGCCCGAA